GAUUGUCCUAACCAAUCAACAAACUUUGAUUAUUCACGUCUCGUAAUAUCUUCCAAUCAGGUAGUAAGAGGCGUUCACGCACUGACUGUCCAUCGUUCAAUUCUUAAUAACGUCUCCAAGGAGACGUUAAUAAUGCGUGCUAAUCUAUUGACAACACGUAAAACAGUCUUUUGUAUUUAAGAUAUGAGGAAAGGGGAAGUGGAUGGUUGUUGGGGAUGGAUGAUAGUAACAGCCGCUGCCUUAAACAGAAUAGUGAUAUAUGGGAUAUCAUACUCAGCUGGUGUGGUUUAUGUUGUCAUCCUGGAAGUUUUUAACGAAGGGAGCGGGAUAACAUCAUGGCUAUCUUCACUCAUCACUGCCGUUUUAUUUUUCACCUGUCCAUUAUCUGGAUAUUUGAUUGAAAGAUACGACGAACGAAAGGUUGCCAUUGCUGGAAGUCUGAUUGCAGCUAUUGGCAUGACGUCAUCUGCUUUUGUCAGUUCCGUUCCCGCUCUCAUUCUGACUUACGGCAUAAUUUCAGGCAUAGGAUGCGGAAUAGCGUUUAUGCCAGGAAGUGUAGCAGUGGCUAAAUACUUCAAAAACCAUCGACCACUGGCAAUGGCGAUAUCAUCUGCAGGUGGCGGAAUAGGUAGUUUUGCAUUCCCACCGAUUAUUGAAAUGUUAAAUGAAUAUUAUACAUGGCGUGGUAUGUUUUUGAUUCUUGGUGGAAUAACUCUCAAUAUAUGUGUAUUUGGAUUAGUACUCCGCCCAAUGGCAAAGGAGGUCAGCCCGACGAAAAGUCAUCAACAAUAA